AUGGGAUCCCCCCCGGCUAAUGUUCAGUCGAGCCUGCGGGACGAGACCCAGCGCUUCGUCACCGAUCAGCGCGGUUUGGAUUCGUUCUACAGUAUGGAUCGAGCCCCGCAGACCUUGGCGCGGCACGCGGAAUUCGACCGGGCAUGGCGUGUUCGGCUCGAUGAGAUGAACUACGACGAGCUGGGUGUCUCCGGACGGAUUGACCACCACCUACUUCGCACUGAAUUGGAGUAUCGCGAAAGUAGGCGCGCCCUACUGCAGAAGCAAAUCGAAGAGUGCGCCCCGUUCCUGCCGUUUAAGGCCGCGAUCACAGAGCUGGAGACCACACGUUGGCAUGGUGCCGAACUCGACUUCGUCGCGGCCGCGAAGACCCUCGAUCUGGUCGCCACCCAGGCUCGCGAAGUCCUGGAGGCGUUCAAAGACAAAGAGAACGCAAGGCCCGAGGUCGAUGGCCCUUUCGCCCUGAGACUCGCCAGCUGGAUUCGCUCGCAGAAAGAUGAUCUACGCACGUGGCACGCGCACUACUCCAAGUUCCUCCCCCCGUUCGAGUGGUGGUGCGGCACUUCCUACAAAAACGCCCAAGACGACCUGGACAAACUCGCGAAGCAUCUCGAGGAGUCCAUUGCGAAGCAGAAGGGUGAAGACGACGAUCCGCUUUUGGGCCAACCUAUCGGCGCAGAGGCACUUGCAAUCGAGCUAGCUCAUGAAUGGCUGGCGUACGCGCCUGAAGAACUCAUCGCGGUCGGAGAGGCACAACUCGCAUGGUGCGAAGCGGAAAUGCUAAGAGCCAGCGAAGAGCUCGGCCACGAGGAUCGAGUUCAUGAAGCGAUCGAAACCGUCAAAGCCAAGCACGUUUCGCCAGGAGAACAAGACGCCCUUGUAAUGGCCCAAGCCCGCGAGGCGAUCGCGUGGCUCAAAGAAAACGACUUGGUGACGAUUCCGCCACUCUGCGAAGAGACUUGGCGCGUGCGAAUGAUCGAUGAGCGCACGCAGCGCUACUUGCCCUUUGCGGCCUACGGCGGGCAAUCCAUGCAAGUUGCCUUCCCCACCUCCGUUAUGGACUUCGAAAGCAAGCAGAUGAGCAUGCGCGGCAACAACCGCCACUUCACGCGCUGCGUUACGCCCCAUGAGCUGAUUCCUGGCCACCACCUGCAGGGGUUCAUGGCAGAACGGUACGCGACUUGGCGCCGUAGCUUUCGCACACCAUUCUUGGUCGAAGGCUGGGCGCUGUACUGGGAGAUGGUCGAAUAUGAGUCCGGCUGGCCCAAAGGUCCCGAGGAUCGCAUAGGCAUGCUUUUUUGGCGCAUGCACCGGGCCGCGCGCAUCAUCGUCUCGCUGAAGUUCCACUUGGGGCUCAUGCAGCCAGAAGAGAUGAUCGAUUUCCUUGUCGAGCGAGUCGGUCACGAACGCGACAACGCCACCAGCGAAGUACGUCGCUACAUAGGGCCGGAUUAUUCGCCGCUCUACCAGUGUGGCUACAUGAUCGGUGGGCUGCAGCUACGUGCCCUCGCGAAAGAAGUGGUGGGUAGCGGAAAGCUCAGCCCGAAGGCGUUUCACGACGCCAUCUUGCGAGAGAAUUCGAUCCCGAUCGAACUGAUCCGUGCAUCGCUUUUAGGAGAGAAACUUCCAGUAGAUGCUCGC